AUGUCUAAAACCUUCAAAACAGAGUAUGACAAUCCCAUCACCCGUGCAAGAGAGAAGGAUGAUACCCCAGGUGAGAAAGCCCUGGGGCUCAAGAUGUCAGAGAACCUCAUGGCCAUCAUAAAUCCAUACCUCCUAAGGAGUACCAAGGCAGAAGUACAGCGAAAAACGCAAAACCGUGUAAAAGCCUGUGAAAGGACUUGGAGUCAGAAAACAAGGAAAACAAAGUCCCAAGUGGGAUCAUCUGGACGUACUUGAGCUCAGUUCAGGAGGACAUCUACAAUCAGUUCUUAUCCCUGGAUAACAUCAAGGAGCUGCUGAUGACCACCAGGACACCGUUGACUGAACUGAAUAUCCUGAAGAAGUUGUGUGACCACCCAAGACUUCUCUCCGCCAGGGCUGUCGCUCAGUUAGGCCUAGAAGAAGGAACAAGCGCAAACCAUCAAGAGGAUGAAAAUGAGUCUGCUGCACACAGAAUUAACAACAUAUCUGAUGAAACGCUAAUAUCCGAAUCUGGAAAGCUGAUGUUUCUCAUUGCACUUUUGGAAAGGCUUAAGGAAGAAGGCCAUCGUACACUUGUUUUCUCACAGUCAAGGAAGAUGUUGGACAUCCUUGAACGGGUUCUGGUAAACAAGCAUUUCAAGAUCAUGAGAAUUGAUGGCACAGUAACUCACCUCACAGAAAGAGAGAGGCGCAUCCAACUGUUCCAGACCAAUAAGCAAUACUCUGUCUUUCUCCUAACCACCCAAGUGGGAGGAGUCGGCAUCACGUUGACAGCAGCAAACAGAGUAGUUAUUUUUGACCCCAGCUGGAAUCCAGCCACUGAUGCCCAGGAUGUUGACAGGGCCUACCACAUUGGACAAACUGAGAACGUUGUCAUCUACUGACUGAUCACUUGUGGUACAGUGGAGGAGAAGAUCUACAGAUGGCAGGUGUUCAAAUAUUCCUUGAUCCGACAGACUACCGGGGACAAAACAAAUCCAUUCCGGUACUUCAGCAAACAAGAUCUGAAAGACACUCGAUCCUCGUCAACACAGCUGCAGCUACAGUCACUGCACUCGAGGCAGACGCACAGAUCCAAAAUUGGAUGAACACAUCACCCAUCUUCACUCCAUGGAGAUAUUUGGAAUCUCUGAUCAUGACCUCAUGUUCUCACAUGAAGUAGAAAACAACAAUGAUGACCCUGAGGAUCAGGAAGCUCAUCAGUACACAGAGAACAGGGUGCAGAAAGCUCAGGAGCUGAUGAAGGCUGAGUCUGACUUGCAUCCGCAGCUUGCUGAGAGCAUUGAGUCAAACACAGAGCCGGCAUGGCUGCGGAAACCCCCUCAACACAAUACAGUGGGGUCAACUGAGAAGAAGCCAAUGGAAAUGCCCAGUCCCUCCUCUCCUAGGCAUAACCACAACUCCACUGCGUUGGUGGAUCUUACCCGGUCUGGGUCUGGUGACGAGGAAGAUAUCCACAAUCUGAGUAACAAAUUAAUUGAUCUAGCUGUAGAUGAAAUCAUUGAGAUUAUGGGACCCACUGUGACAAUUGCGACUGAGGAAAAGUUAAUAAAGAGCAACCAUCAUUCUCCCAUAGACAAGUCUCUUGAAGAGACUCUGUCGGCUCUGUCGUAGCUGGCCGUGACCGGGAGACCCAUGGGGCGGCGCACAAUUGGCCCAGCGUCGUCCAGGGAAGGGGAGGGAAUGCCGGCAGGGAUAUAGCUCAGUUGGUAGAGCAUGGUGUUUGCAACGCCAGGGUUGUGGGUUCGAUUCCCACGGGGGGCCAGUAUGAAAAAAAAUUAAAAUAAUGUAUGCACUCACUAACUGUAAGUCGCUCUGGAUAAGAGCGUCUGCUAAUCUACAGUUGGAGGACAGUGCUAGUGAUAUGUUUUCAGAGAAGGAAUCCGAGUAUGUCGAAAGGAAUUCAGGUUUCCAGCUAGAGAUGGAUGUCAGCUUAAAUGUAGAUGACGAGCCCUCUGUGAAUGGAGCUGUUGAACAGAAUGUAGCAGAUGUCCAUGAUGUCAACUCUCCUGUUUCUAAAGCAGACGACACUGUAGAGAACUCGUUCAUUACUUCUGUCAGGAAAAAGAAAAGAGCAGCAGUAAUUUACGAUAGUGCAGAGGAUGAUGUUGAGGAAGAUGAAAGGCCUCAUUUGAUGAGCACUGAAUUGGAUAAAUCAUUAAAAGGCGUGGGAUCCUCCACACCAAAAUCAGUCAAAUCUGGAUCCAGUUCCUUUAAAGCCAGGAAAAGCAUUGGAGGGAAUACCUCUGUGGCCUCAAGACGUUAG